CCAAUGUGCUCCUGCAGGCAGGGCUGCAAAGCAUCUGAAAGCAGGUCACACCUAGAUAUAAAAACAGUGUGUGCUGUUAGUAGAGUUUCACCCAUCAAUGUGUGCUGCUAACAUACCUGACAGAGUGAUGAACACUUAUGAAGAUUACAAUGAAGAGGAGCUCAGUGACUACAUCAUCCAGCUUAGUAUUCAAGAGUCUUGUCAAGAUGCUUUUCUGAAAGCCAGUGCCAGUUUAGCAGCAGCGACUGAUGAAAAUCUCAGAGUGCUGGCAGCAAUCGAACAAGGUGAGGUCUUGGUGCUCAGGGAGAUGCUGAGACACACUUUUGCCUUCAGGGAAUCAGACAGUCGUGGCUGGCUUCCCCUUCAUCGAGCUGCAUCCCAGCCAGUCGCAGAGGUUCUGGACACCGUCCUGAGAUUGGCAGCUCAGGGGCUCAGUCUGGAGGAGAGGACAGUGAUGGGAGGAGAGACGGCGCUGACACUGGCAGUUAAAGCAGGCCUGGGGCAGAAUGUGAAGAGCCUGCUGGAGCAUGGAGCCUCGCCUCACAACACCAACAGCAAAAACGAGUCUCCGCUGCUGCUGGCCGUGAGGGCUGGUUCCUAUGAGAUGACGUACACACUGGUGGCUCAUGGUGCUUGGGUGGAGCAGGUCUGCCGAAAGCGGUGGACAGCCAUGCAUGAGGCAGCCAAGGGUGGCAAUGUGGACAUCCUGAUGCUGCUGCUGAGAAACGGUGGCCGGGUGAACCACAGAGAUGUGACGGGAGUAACACCGCUGGCUGUGGCUGCAGAGUACGGACACUUCCACAUCACUGAGAUCCUGCUGAACUGUGGUAGUCAAGUAAACUCUCAGGCUUGUAAUGGGGAAAGUGUCCUGCUGGAUGCAGCUGGGUCAGGAAACCUCUCUUGCAUUCAGCUGCUGCUAGACAACGGAGCAAACCCCAACCUGCCCAGCGUCACUGGACACCUGCCCAUCCACAAGGCAGCGUAUGCCGGACACUACGAUGCUCUGAAAAUGCUGAUCCCACUGACCACCAAGACGGCCAUUAAAGAGGCAGGUCUGAGCCCAGUCCACUCAGCUGCAGAGGGAGGUCACAGACACUGUCUGCGUCUCCUGCUGGCCUACGGGUUCGAUGUCAACUACCGCAUGAACACCAGAAACUCUGAAAAUUACCGGGACAUGAGGAGAAGUGCCUUGUACUUUGCUGUCUCCAAUGGGGAUGUUGAGUCUACCAAAAUGCUGCUGGCAGCAGGGGCGAAGACAGACCUAGACCCACUGUGCUGCCUCCUGGUGGCAGUCAGAUCAGGCCGCUAUGAGAUUGUGAAGCUGCUGCUAGCUGCCAAAGCAGAUGUGAAUUGUUACUUCACAGUAGUGAGUGACACAGUGUUUCCCACAGCGCUGCAGUACUGCCUGAAAGACGAGGUGAUGAUGAGGCUGCUGCUCAACAAUGGCUACAAGGUGGAGAGAUGUUUUCACUGUUACCACGACAAUGCAUUUGAUCCUGCAGAUGACGUGGAGGGGAAAAUUCCUUUCUGUGAGUUCAUGAGUCUCUGCUGCCUCAUGCAUCUGUCUGGGAGCGUGGUUCGAAUUCUGCUGGAUUAUGUCAGCUACGUCUACAUCUGCUCCAAACUCAGGCUCAUCCUGCAGAAACAGACAGAGUGGCCUGAGAUAUGUGAAAUCCUCAGCAAUCCUCGCUCCCUUGGGCACCUCUGCAGACUGGAGAUCAGGAAGAUCUUGACCCUGAAGAAACUCAACAACCCUGAAGUCAUGAACUCACAAGGUUUCCCUCCAAGACUGAAAAGUUUUAUACUGUAUGAGGAGCUCGAUCUCUACAGCAAGGUCCCUGAACGCAUUAUGUGAAGAUCUGCGGAUUUCCCGCAGGUGUUCUGUUUGUUUCAGACUAAUGUUGUUGAUGUAUUUUUUUAAAUCUCUGGUUUUGAUAAUGUUUCUUUAUAAGUACUUUUUACUCCGCCAAGGAAUGCGGUGGAGUUAUGUGGCGAUCAGCAUACAUGAAUCUGUCUGUGCAUAACAUUACUCAAAAACAGACUGACAACGGAUUUGGAUGAAAUUUUCAGGAAAGGUCAGAAAUGACACAAGAACCUCCUCAUCAGAUUUUGGCAUUAAUGACAAUGUGCUAUUUUUACUUAUGUGACGAUCGGCGUAAAUUUGUCUGUCUGUUCGCAACAUUGCUCAAAAACAGAAUAACGGAUUUGGAUGAAAUUUUCAGGGAAGGUCAGAAAUGAAGACAAGGACCAUGUGAUUAGAUUUUGGCAGUGAUACAGCUUAUAACCUGGAUCCACUGAUUUGUAAAAUAUUUCUGUAUCAUUGCGAAAUAGCGGCACAGCAUCACUGCAACUGUGACUACGAGUGAACACUGUGUCAGCAGACUACUGAGGAUCGCAUGAUUGUGAUCCUAUUACAAAUCGACCACUGCAGAUUUAUCGCGAGUUAUCCGUCGGACGUGAAACAAGGAACAAUUGAUUAAAUUGUGGAGGUGUUUCUGAGUCCCAUCAAUUCCCACAAUUCCUGCACAUUUAGAUCAGGCAAUUUGGUAUCCGUACGUAACGUACACAUGCAUAACACUUGCCUGUGCUCAACGCAAGGUCAUUUUGUUUGUAGGUACAGCUAUAUUAAAUGAUCACAUUCUAUGUAGCUGUGAUUUCUGAUCAUCAAUAACUAAUAAAUAAACAAAUGUUGCAUUUCUAAAAAAAAAAAAAAAAAGCUGUAUUUCUGACAGACAUAUGGGGAAAUGAACAACCUUGGUAGAGUACUGCACUUUCUGAGUGCUUUUCUAGUUGUUUCCUGUUUUAAUGUGUGGAAGGCUAAAGUCUCCUCAUGGUUCCACGCAGAUUUUAUGUUUUUUGAUGAUAACAUGUGAAACUGACAAACAAAAAAAGAAAUUGAAAGACAUUUUGCUGCUUAUAUUCAUUAAAAAAUCAUACUGAAGGAUGAUUCAUGGAAGAUGAUACCAAAAAAAAAGACAUUUUAUUCUUCUCAUUUAUUUUUGCCUCGUCAUGGCCACCCAAUGAUAAAUACAGCAUGAAGGAAUGUUCUAUAAAAUAUGACUAAAACACCGUAUUCUGAAUUGUAUGUGUCAAUUGUGACCAAUACUAUGUUUACAAUCCCUCCCGAACAUGAAAAAUAAGUCAGAAAUGUGAAACAUAGAUUUUAUUCUUUGCAAAUAAGAUUAAGCCCAAAGCAUUUUCAUAAAUAAAAGCCUUGGUUUGUAUUGUA